UGUUAAAUCACAAAAAGCAUUGCUUAAGACCCAUAAUUUGUCACGAAAAACCAAAACUAUCACUCAUUUCUUUGCCUAACUUUCUCCCUCCCUUUUUCUCAAAUGAAUAUUCGAUUUUCUUGUGCUCUCCUCAUUAUCUCUCUGGCCUUAUCGGCGGAGUCAUCCUCCCCCUACAGUAGCAUGCAUUGGAGUCGAACCUCCUUCUCGAGCACGAUCCGCGAUGGGAGUCUGGGUGCAAGGCCAACAUGUCAAGGCCUCUUCGGCGAAUGCAUAGGCAAUGAGGAGGAAACUGUGAUGGAAUCGGAUGUAAGCCGAAGGGCAUUAGCUGAGGCGAAAAGGUACAUUAGCUACGCCGCCCUAAAGCAGGACAGCGUUCCAUGCAAUCGUCAGGGCAAUUCCUACUAUAACUGUGGCGCUCCUGGGCAGGCUAAUCCUUACAACAGAGGUUGCAGUGUCAUCACCCAUUGCUAUCGAUACACUGGUUAAACGAAGCAAUUCU